AUGGCCACCAAGCAUUGCCUGUUGAAGCCGCACUCUCUGGGAAUCAAGCUCCGACGUACAUAUUGGACGGCCACCACCUUCCGGUCCAGCUCACCACAAAAAUUGGUCGACACAGUCCAACAGACCCUCUCAGCAUUCACAUCCGGUGCUCUAGCAGGUGUUGCAGCCCCUCCGCCGGUGGUGCUCUACACAAUCUCAAAACGUAUCCCAUCCGAACCUCUGGAAAGACUGGUGCAGAGCUUCCAAGACUUGGAGCCCUUGAUCGAGCCGAUCGGCUGUCUCGCUGAGGAUCCCUCGAUGGGUCUUCAUUCCGUCUCAAUUGCCAAAUGGUCUGGGGCCUCGACCGAAUUGGUACCCUUCACCUCAACUAUCCGAUCUCGCGCCUCCAUCUCUGUCGGCAGGGAGAUCAUUCCCUCCGAGAGAAUUGAUUCAACAGCCGAUUACAUGGGUAAAGCCCAUCAAGCUGGAGCCGAGUCGACUGGCGCUGACCUAUUACCUGAAGAGCUAAGAAGAAUACCGCCAAGCUCAAUCGAUAGCUUGAUUUUUUUCAGUGCACCUUCACCCCAGCCAUUCUUGAACAUCCUCCAGCGAACCUUCCCCUCAGCUAACCUGAUGGGACUUGUUGGAUCCUCCACCGCUUUUGAAACCGGAAGAAAGUCCACCUUGUUUAGAAAUCGCACCAUCUUGGGUGAGCACGGGGCCGUCGGAAUCGCCGUUCUCAAACGAGCAAACGCCUUAUCGACCAGUCCCAUAGUCAAGUAUCAAAACAUGGAGGCUCUCGGAGCGCCCAUGCAAGUUACUGAGGCACAGGGCAAUAUCAUCCUGACACUAGAUUCGAAGAGGGCGACAGGAUAUCUUCUUGAGUUGAUCAAGAAGUCUGGCCAUAUCAAUGAGGCACAUACAUCAUCAGAUGUCAUCAUCAGCAAAGAAAAGGAAUUCUAUCUCGGGUUUUUGGAUGACCUAAAAAUGGUCGUCGAGGUCUGUCGAAUUAUUGGCGGGUCUACUAGUCGUGGUACAAUGGCUCUCGAUCGAGAAAAGGAAAUAACAGGUAACCAGUUGGUCCAGUUCAUGCAUUCAGCCGGACGUGGCAACGGAAUCAAAAGCAUGAAGGAAAGCGACCCUUCGAAAUUGCAAGCAUCAUCGACAGAAGCUAGAAAGACGACAGUGGAAUUUGAGUGCUGUGAUCCUCAUUCUGAUCAGGGAGAGAACGAUUUUCGGGAUGGCAAUGUAAUCGAAGCGGUAGAGAGGGUUGAUGAUUUAUUUUCUGGUGGAAGUGAAGCUGGCUUUGUUCCUCGGCACCAACAAAUUGUUAAUCUGCUUCACUCGAAAGCUGAAUACCUUCUGUAA